AUGGAGCGGACUAACGAGCUCCUGUCUCAACCUACCCAAUCCUCUCCAGAAUGGUGUAACCAGAAAAUCUUCCAGAAGAACCGGCUAGCCUCCCGCUCGUACUUCAUACCAGACACUUCUAUCUGUCUGAAUGGGCAAUGGAUGUUCGCCUACUCUUCCAGUCCGCAGGAAGCACCUGACGGCCAUGUGAUCAGCACGCAGCCCACCACGGGGUCUGGAAAGGGGAAUGAUAACUGGGCGGUUAUAGACGUCCCAGGACACUGGCAACUCCAAGGGUAUGGCAGACCUCAUUAUACGAACGUGGUAUAUCCGUUUCCUGUUUGUCCACCGCACGUACCCACGGAGAAUCCAACAGGGACCUACCACCGCGGCUUCACGUUACCCCCGGCCUGGGAGAAGUCGAGCCAGAUCAGGCUAAGGUUCGACGGCGUGGACAGCGCAUUUUACUUGUGGUUGAAUGGUACACAGAUUGGGUACUCCCAAGGGAGCAGGAAUCCUGCUGAAUUCGACGUCACCAAAUUCGUGCUUCGGGACAAGCCAAACUACGUUGCGGUCCAGGUGCUUCAAUGGUGUUCAGGAAGCUAUAUCGAAGAUCAAGACCAAUGGUGGCUUUCGGGUAUUUUUCGCGACGUGCAUCUUAUUGCGUUUCCAGGUCGCGCGCGAAUUGACGAUUUCUUCGUCCGAACGCUCUUGGACGACACUUACAAGAAUGCGGAUCUGGGUAUCGAUCUUGAUCUCACACUCAUUGACGGGGCUUUGAUAUCCUUUGAGCUGAAGGACCACGAAGGCAAUGUUGUUCACGGGGAUGAAGGCAUCGAAGUUGCGGCUAAGACCACCAGAUAUGCUCACUCAAUCAAGGUCCAUAAUCCGCACAAGUGGACGGCGGAGACGCCCAAUCUGUACCACCUGGAGAUCUCCUUGCAAGAUCGUGAGAGUGUCCUGCUCCAGAGUAUCCGGCACCGCGUCGGCUUCCGCACUGUUGAGCUUAAGGACGGAAACAUCUGCGUGAACGGCAAGCGAAUACUGUUUCGAGGGUCGAACCGUCACGACAACCACCCGCACCUCGGACGCGCCGUGUCAAUCGACUGGGUCCGGCGUGACCUCCAAAAAAUGAAAGCACACAACAUUAAUGCGGUGCGAUGCUCGCACUAUCCCUCCCAUCCCAGUCUACCAGGUCUCUGCGAUGAAUUGGGCCUCUGGGUAGUUGACGAGGCUGAUCUCGAGUGCCAUGGGUUUAACGCCGCCGCCGCUGCUAACCUCAAUCUCGAAGGCUUGACCUACGACGCGAAGGUGGCUAGAACAUCUAAGGACGCCGCCAGUUACACAUCUGACAACCCAGACUGGGAAUCUGCCUACCUCGACCGGAUGCAUCAGCUCGUCGAGCGAGACAAGAACCAUGCAAGCGUCAUCAUCUGGUCCCUCGGGAACGAGGCCUUCUACGGCCGCAAUCACGCUGCAAUGUCAAAGUGGGCAAAGCAGCGAGAUCCAGGCCGGCUAGUACACUAUGAACCGGACGCUCAAGGUCACACCACAGACAUGAUCUCCCACAUGUAUACAUCUCCAGCAGAGUUGAAGAAAGAAGCCGAAGCCGAAGGCGACAAGUUUACGAAACCGAUCAUCCUCUGUGAAUAUGCUCAUGCCAUGGGGAACGGGCCAGGCCUCCUGCAGACGUACCAAGACUUGUUCCGUACCCACAGGCGUCUUCAAGGCGGUUUCAUCUGGGAAUGGGCCAACCAUGGUCUGUGGAAGGAAGACCCUGAUGGCAAGAAAUACUAUGCCUACGGAGGGGAUUUCGGUGAUGUCCCUAAUGAUGGAACGUUCGUCAUGGACGGACUCUGUCAUAGUGAUCACACGCCCACGCGAGGUCUGAUCGAAUUGAAAAAGGUGUUUGAGCCCAUCACAGCGAGGCUUGACGGACACCAGCUCGUCCUGCAAAACCAUUACAAUUUCGUUGGGCUGGAACACGUCAAGGCAGAAUUUAAUGUCCACAGCCUUGGACAAGAGUCUCGAAUACUUUCAGCCGGUGAGCUAAUCCUCCCUUCGAUCGGGCCAGGCCAGGAAGGCAGGGUACAGUUACCGGGAGAAGAGGUUCUCAAGUUCAAGAACACCAACAACGACGUGGACAGCGAUGACAACGAGUGCUGGUUACUGGUCACGUUCCGCCAGAAGGAAGAUAAGCCGUGGGCCAGAGCCGGCCAUACAAUCGCAUGGCACCAAACGCAGCUGUCAACACUACGCACGAGUAAGCCCGCCCAGCACCAAACUCCAGACACGGCAGCCAACUCGGCAUCACUCUCGCUCACCCAUGCGACAACUCGACUGGCCUAUACCAUCACCACUCCAUCCACGACGAUAACGUUCGACCGCACCAGGGGCUAUAUCUCCUCCUUCACACACGACCACCACCCUCUCCUAGUCGACACACGCGUUGCAAGCCACAAUCCGGCCUCUCCAUCUCCGCUCUUCACCUUGGACUUCUGGCGGGCCCCCACGGACAACGAUGCGGCAUGGCAGACGGGCCAGUGGAAACACUACGGAUUGCACCUGAUGACGAGCCGGUUGAAAAGCAUAGUUGCACACGCGGCCGAUUCGAAUUCAACAUCAACAUCUGCAGAUAACAUGCCGACCGAAGCCACGACGAUAACAAUCCGCGCCGAACAUGUCCUCGCACCACCCAGUCUAGCCUGGCACUUUGACACCACCACAACCUACACAAUCCACACAGCGCCGUUACGAUCCCCAUCAUCCAGCAACAACAACAACAACAAGAAGAAGAACGUGUCCAACCCACAGGUUGUCAUGAAGAUCCACACCCAUCUCCGUCCUCACGGUACAUUCCCACCCAAUCUCCCUCGAAUAGGAUACAACAUCCAGCUCUCCCCCGCCUAUACUCACGUCAAAUGGUUCGGUCGCGGUCCCCUCGAGAGCUACAAUGACAAAUACCUCUCCCAGCGCGUGGGCAUCUGGUCUAGCAGUAUCGCCGACAUGCAACAGCGGUACGACGUGCCCCAGGAGAACGGAAAUCGGAACGACGUGCGAUGGUGCUGUGUUUCGGCUUCCCAGCCCAGUAGUCCCGACGCGGAUGUCGACCCGACUGGUGCCGGUGCUUGUAGCGCAGAACAGGGAGAGAAUGCGGACCCAGGUGGCCAUCCCGUCGCAAGCCACGUGGAUGUGAUUUCGAGAACGCCUGUGCCGGUCCUACGAGCAAGCUACACGCCCAGCCCAGACGCAACAGACCGUCCGCACAUGCAGUUCUCGACUCAGCUGUACGAUGCGUUCACCGUCGAAACGGCAGCUCAUCCAUGCGAUUUGCUCGAGAGCGGGAAACGUAGACAGGGUGCCCUGUGGAGGGUUGAUGCUGACGUGGCGGGCGUGGGCACCGCAGCAUGUGGUCCCGGCACUGAGGAAAAAGACCAAGUCCUGACUCGAGAGAGGGAGUGGACUUUGACGUUGGAGGUGUUGUGA